AUGGCUCGCGGAACAAUUUUUUCCAGUGCUCGCAGCACUGCUCCUGCGUCCAUCUAUGGGUGGAGCCCUAGGAUCGAUGAAGAGUACAUGGAUGACAGCUGGAAUCCUGCAUCUCAGCGUACUACGAAGCAUGAGGCGGCCGACUGGGCUGGGGAUCCUUGGGAAUGCAGUGCGGAUACCGCCAGUACGGCUAUGCAGACACCCUCCUGGGAUUCCGCGCCGAAGGAGGAGAAGGUCGAGGCCAUGUCUGUCAGUGGUGCCUGCGGGUCCGAGACGCCAGAGCCUGAAACCUCUUGCACGGCACCAGACCGCAACCCCGAAGUUGAUGAGGAAGACUGGGAUAUGUCUGAUACUCAGAACUUCUGGGCCAAAUUUAAAGACCUCUGGGGAGAUGAAAAGACUUCCGACGUCAGGCUCUAUUCGGUUGACGGAUACCCGCCGGUCGAUGCCCACUGGCUCUUUAUCAACAUGAGGACCAGCGCCAUUGCCGACUUAUGGGGUGGCAAGGAUGUCAAUGGUAAAGAUUGGGUCCAAACGGACAUUGACGGACGGACUCUCCGUAGAGUCAUUCAGUACAUUUACACCGGAGACUACGAUACUCAUGUCGACUAUGAUCUCGAACAUAAGGACGCCGAAGACGAGUACGGCUUCUCGAAUUCGCGUUGUCCCGAGGAUAUCUUCGGGGCUCACGCCCACGUCUAUCGCGCUGCGCAGCUGUACCAGAUCCGCGGCCUCACCAAGAUCUGCGCGGACAAGUUCGAGAAUGUCUGUGGAAACAAAUGGAACAGCAAGUCGUUCUCCAAUGCCGUUGAUAUCAUUUACUUUGACACGACCUUUGGGGUCCCUCCCAAGUCUUUGAAAGACAAGAUGAAGCAACUCGCUCUUCAGGCAGCAGUUGAUCAUGCUGAGGAGCUCCGCCAUUGUCCUGACUUCAGGGGACUGUUGAACAAUCCGACGAAUUAUUUUGCGAGUGACCUCGUGUUGGAUAUGUUCCGGACGAAGUCUGAAUCUGAAUGGACCUCGCAGGGCGGUUGGUGUUGACGUUUCUUCUUGGACUGAGAAACAUAUCUUUCGGGGACGCGAGCACAUGGUAGUUUUGGGACAAGGUUAGCUCAGAUACCUAGUAGAUAGCAG